AUGAGCUCCGUCAAGUUUCUGGUCGCCUCCUUGGAGGCCAUCGCCGCAUCCAAGGAGGCCCAGCGACACAAGCAGCUCUCCGAGUCGCUGCAAAAGACCCUCGAAGCCGUCAAAGAAGCCGACCCCCAGCUGCCCGACCCCGAAGUCGUCUUUGCGCCUCUGCACCAGGCCACCAAGACGGGCAACACCCAUCUCAUCACGAGCGCCCUCGAUUGCAUCGGAAAACUCAUUUCCUAUUCACACUUCUCCGCGCCCCCGGCCGCCGCCGCUUCCGAAGAUGGUGGGGGAGAAAAGGAGACCGACGGCGAGCAGCCACCACCCCUCAUCGAGCGGGCCAUCGAUACCAUCUGCGGAUGCUUCCAGGGCGAGACGACCCCCGUCGAGAUACAGCUGCAGAUCGUCAAGUCGUUGCUGGCCGCCGUGCUGAACGACAAGAUCGUCGUCCACGGCGCCGGCCUCCUGAAGGCCGUGCGCCAGGUCUACAACGUCUUCCUCCUGUCGCGGAGCACUGCCAACCAGCAGAUGGCGCAGGGCACUCUGACGCAGAUGGUCGGUACCGUCUUCGAGCGAGUCAAGACCCGACUGCACAUGAAGGAGGCGCGCCUCAACCUGGCCAACACGAAGAACAGCUCCAGCAACAUCACAUUCGACCCCGCCGAACAAGCCAACUCGGUCAACGGAUCGGGAGAGAAGAGUGCCGAGGCAGAGGAGGAGGACAGCGCCAACGACGUCGCCAGCGAUGUGGCCGCCGUGCCGGCGCCGGCCCCCGAUGCCCAGGCCACGCAGGCCAAGCUGACCCUGAAGGAUCUCGAGACGAGGAAGAGCUUUGACGAUUCGACCCUCGGCGAAGGCCCUACCAUGGUCACCCAGAUCAAGCCGGCCAAGAUGGAGCGCACCGAGUCGCAGUCGUCGGCCAAGGAAGAGGACAAUUACGACGAGCUCGAAGCCGAGGACGAGGUCUACAUCCGCGACGCCUACCUCGUCUUCCGAUCCUUCUGCAACCUGUCCACCAAGGUCCUGCCUACCGAGCAGCUGUACGAGGUCCGCGGCCAGCCCAUGCGCUCCAAGCUCAUCUCCCUCCACCUCAUCCAUACCCUCAUGAACAACAACAUUACUGUCUUCACCUCCCCCCUUUGUACCAUCAGGAAUUCCCGGACCGACGAAGUGACGACGUUCAUACAAGCGAUCAAGUACUACAUCUGCCUGAGCGUGACCCGCAACGGAGCUAGCUCGGUCGAUGGCAUCUUUACUGUCUGCGCCGAGAUUUUCUGGCUCGUGCUCAAGUUCAUGCGGGAGCAGUUCAAGCUCGAAAUUGCCGUCUUUUUGAACGAGAUCUAUCUUGCCUUGCUGGCAAGGCGGACCGCCCCGGCCUCACAGAAGGCCACGGUCGUCACCAUUCUCAACAGGUUCUGCGCCGACUCGAGGGGUCUUGUUGAGGUGUAUCUGAAUUACGACUGCGAAGGCAACGUCGACAAUCUCUUCCAGACCAUCAUUGAGGAUCUGUCCAAGUACUCGACAGCAGCAGUCCCCAUCACACCCGGCCAGGAGCAGCAGUAUGAAGAGAAGGCCGCGAGGACGCCGUCGCCCGGCGAGUGGCAGCUUCGCCCCAUUCUGCCACCGCCUCUGUCUGUCGCGCAGAUAGUCCCGCAUGCCGAGCCCGAGUCGGAGAUUCCCAAGGAGUACGUCAUCAAGCGCGUUGCGUUGGACGCUCUCGUCGAGUCGCUGCGCUCCAUGGUCGAUUGGUCUGGAUCUGUCAGGACAGACAGGAAUACAGACGGGCUCCGUGCCGAUGGCGAUGUGGACGCCCGACUUUCUGAGGACCUGCGACCGUCGAUCGACCCCAGCGUGAGCGAGAGCCACUCUCGUGUUGACACCCCUACAGCGCCGAGUACGCCCAUGUUUGAGGACGACCCCGCCCACCUGGAAAAGGUGAAGCAGAGGAAAACGGCCCUCAACAACGCCAUCAAACAGUUCAACUUCAAACCGAAGAGAGGUAUCGCCAUGCUGAUCAAGGAAGGGUUCAUCGCAAGCGACAGCCCCGAAGACAUUGCCAAGUUCCUCAUCCAGGAAGAUCGUCUCGACAAGGCCCAGAUCGGUGAAUAUCUCGGCGAGGGCGAGCCCAAGAACAUUGAGAUCAUGCACGCCUUUGUCGACACCAUGCAAUUUACCAAGAGGCGCUUCGUGGACGCGCUGCGUACGUUCUUGCAAUCGUUCCGUCUCCCUGGUGAGGCCCAAAAGAUUGAUCGUUUCAUGCUCAAGUUUGCGAACCGAUACGUCAUGGGCAACCCCAAUGCAUUCGCCAACGCAGACACGGCCUACGUCUUGGCCUACUCUGUCAUUCUCCUGAAUACCGAUUUGCACAGCACCAAGAUCGCCAGGCGGAUGAGCAAAGAAGACUUUAUCAAGAACAACCGUGGCAUCAACGACGAUGCCGACUUGCCGCCCGAAUAUCUGCUUCAAAUUUACGACGAGAUCGAGAGCAACGAGAUUGUUCUCAAGAGCGAGCGGGACGCUGCCGCCAUGGCGGGCAACGCUCCGCCGACGUCAACAGGUAUCGCCGCAGGUCUCGGACAGGCACUGUCGAACAUGGGCAGGGAUCUGCAGAGGGAAGCCUACGUGCAGCAGUCUGUGGAGAUCGCGUCGCGGUCGGAACAGCUGUUCAAAAACCUUCUCAAGACGCAGCGCCGCAAUGCCCAGCGUGCUGGCGUCAAGUUCAUGCCCGCGACAUCCUUCCAGCACAUCGGUCCCAUGUUCGACGUGACCUGGAUGUCCUACUUCUCGGCUCUGUCCAACCAGAUGCAGAAGGCGCAAAACAUUGAGGUCAACAAGCUGUGCCUUGAGGGCAUGAAGCUGGCUACCAAGAUUGCCUGCUCUUUCGACCUCUCUACGCCUCGUGAGGCUUUUGUCUCGGCUCUGAGGAAUAUCACCAACAUCAACAACCCACAGGAGAUGCAUGCCAAGAACAUUGAGGCUCUGAAGGUCAUCCUCGAGCUCGGUCAGACCGAGGGUGAUCUUCUACGGUCAUCGUGGAAGGACGUCCUGCUCUGCAUCAGUCAGCUGGACCGACUGCAGCUCAUUUCUGGCGGUGUCGACGAAAAUGCCAUCCCGGAUGUGGCGAAUGCGCGAUUCGAACGGCAAGGCACAAACGAUUCGCGCAAAUCGACCCACGGGCGGCGUCCUGGUCGCCCGCGCGCCGGCACCGGUCCGCAGGGAUUCUCCAUCGAGGUCGCGCAGGAGGCGCGGUCGGACGCGGUCGUCAAGGCUGUUGACCGCAUCUUCGCGAACACGGCCAGCCUGAACGGCGAGGCCAUUGUCCACUUUACGCGCGCGUUGACCGAGGUCAGCUGGGAUGAGAUUCGCGUUUCUGGCUCCAACGAUUCGCCGAGGACCUACAGCUUGCAGAAGAUUGUCGAGAUUGCCUAUUACAACAUGUCGCGUGUUCGUUUUGAGUGGACGAACAUUUGGGAGGUCAUGGGCGAACACUUCAACCGCGUCGGCUGCCACAACAACACGAAUAUUGUCUUCUUCGCCCUCGACUCGCUGCGUCAGCUGUCGAUGAACUUCCUCGAGAUUGAGGAGCUGCCCGGUUUCAAGUUCCAGAAGGACUUUCUCAAGCCUUUCGAGCACAUCCUGUCGAACGCCCAGAACAUCACAGUCAAGGAUAUGGUCCUGCGGUGCUUGAUCCAGAUGAUCCAGGCCCGCGGCGACAACAUCCGGUCCGGCUGGCGGACCAUGUUUGGCGUCUUCACCGUGGCCGCGCGCGAGCAGCACGAGGCCAUUGUCAACUUGGCGUACGAGAACGUCAGCCAGGUUUACAAGACCAAGUUUGGCGUUGUCAUAUCGCAGGGCGCGUUCACUGAUUUGAUUGUCUGCUUGACGGAGUUCUCCAAGAACAUGAAGUACCAGAAGAAGAGCCUGCAGGCCCUCGAAGCACUGAAGUCGAUCAUGCCACGCAUGCUCAAGACGCCAGAGUGCCCCUUGUCGCACAAGAACGGAUACGCGCCGCCGGCCGAGAACCCGAAAGCCCAGGAUGCUCUGCAGCGUUCGCAGACGAAGACGUCAGUCGAGGAGGGCUAUUGGUUCCCCGUGCUGUUUGCCUUUCACGAUGUCCUCAUGACGGGCGAGGACCUCGAGGUGCGAUCCAAUGCGCUGGAGUACUUCUUUGAGGCGCUGCUGAAGUACGGCGGCGAGUUCCCGCCCGAGUUCUGGGACAUACUUUGGCGCCAGCAACUGAACCCGAUCUUCAUGGUUCUCCGCUCAAGACCCGAUCUCAACAGUGCGCUCAACCACGAGGAACUUUCCGUUUGGUUGUCGACGACGAUGAUCCAGGCGUUGCGCAACAUGAUCACACUGUUCACGCACUACUUCGAAGCUCUGGAGUGCAUGCUCGACCGGUUCCUCGAGCUGCUCGCUCUGUGCAUCUUCCAGGAGAACGACACCAUCUCGCGCAUCGGCAGCAACUGCCUGCAGCAACUGAUCCUGAAGAACGUCAAGAAGUUCACAGCCGGACACUGGACUGAGAUUGUGGGGUCAUUCUGCAAGCUGUUUGCUGCGACAACGGCCACGCAACUCUUCUCGCCGACAACCGUCAACUCAUCGGCGUCGCUCGAGCUGCCCACCAAUGGCCUGGACUUUACCGGGCCGCUGGUCGUCGACCCGGAGGAGCCAAUCAACGAAAAGUCGCUCGAGAUUAACGGCCAUAACAAGAACGGUACCGACGCCGACGCACCUGCCACCGAGUCUACCGAGGAGGGCGCCGAUGAGGACGAUCUCAAGACGCCUACUGCGACGAACCUACCCCAGGCUCCCCUCGAGGACUACAAGCCGGCAUCCAACUUGCAGCAGCAGCCCGUCGUCGUGACGGCCGCGCGCCGGCGCUACUUCAACCAGAUCAUCUCCCGCUGCGUGCUCCAGCUGCUCAUGAUCGAGACGGUCAACGAGCUGUUCAGCAACGACACUGUGUAUGCGCAGAUCCCGACGACGGAGCUCCUGACCCUCAUGGCGCUCCUCAAGCGGUCGUACCUGUUCGCGCGUCGGUUCAACGCCGACAAGGAGCUGCGCAUGCGCCUCUGGCGCGAAGGGUUCAUGAAGCAGGCGCCGAACCUGCUGAAGCAGGAGUCGGGCGCGGCGGCGACGUACGUGGCCAUUCUGUUCCGCAUGUACGCCGACAACAGCGCCGAGCGGGCGGCGGCGCGGCCGGACAUUGAGAAGGCGCUCGUGCCGCUCUGCAAGGACAUCAUCGGGGACUUUGUCGCGCUCGAGGAGGAGAGCCAGCACAGGAACAUCUUGGCGUGGCGGCCGGUCGUCGUGGACGUGCUCGAAGGGUACGCGGCGUUCCCGGAGGAGGCGUUCGAGGGCCACGUCAAGGAGUUUUACCCCAUGGUCGUCGAGCUGCUGGGCAAGAACCUCUCGUCGGAGCUCCGGGCGGCGCUGCUCCUCGUGCUGCGGCGCGUGGGCGAGGUGGGGCUCGGCAUCGAGGGCAUGGCGAGCCGCAGCGGGGACAAGGAGAGGCGGGAGAGCGUUGCGACUGUCACGACGGAGGGGGAGUAUCACAAGGCGGGCACGCCGAAGAUCGGGUGA